AUGGGACGAUUCGGUAAUCAAGUCGAUCAAUUACUGGGGACCAUCAAAUUUGCCAAAUCGUUGAAGAGAACCUUGGUAUUGCCACCAUUCCUCGAUUAUCCCCAUGGUUUUGUUAAAGCAGUAAGUAGUCUUAUGGAGGUUUCAUUUGACUUUUAGGCCCCCGUGCCUUUCGAUGAUGUUUUCAAAGUGGCGCCAUUACAAGAUCUCCUUCCUGUUGUCCUCAUGGAUGAUUUUGUGACCAAUAUUGCGCCAAAAUUAUGGCCGGAAAACAAACGAUACGGUAGGGUUCGAGUCAUCUUUACUUUAUUCACAGAUGGUUCGGUUUGAAUAUGAAAAAGUGGUGUUUUAGUGUUUUGCCAACGACCUCGAGCCAGUGUCUUGUCUCCUCAUUUGCCUCCGAGUUGCAAUAGCAAAGACGGGAAUCCCUUUGAAGUCUUCUGGGAUCAUCAUAACGUCGACUUUUUUGAUGACAAAUACUUUGGUGACAUUGGAUUCAACAUGGAUGAGAAGAUAACUGUGAAGAGGUGGAUUGAAUAGUAAGUAUUUUUUAUAGCCAUUGCCUUAUGCGGAGAAUUAGAGUGAUUUUAUCUUUAGUAGUGCAAAAUAUCCAAUACUUGCAUUCACCUCAGCACCGACUGGAUUUCCCGUCAAAAGUGAUCUCCAUGUUUAUCAGAAGCACUUUCAAUGGGCCGAUAAGAUUGUCGAUGACGCCCAGACUUUCAUAAAACUGCAUUUGCGAAGACCUUUUGUUGCCGUUCAUCUGAGGAAUAACAUUGAUUGGGUCAGUUUUUCUUCAUAAUGAAUAACUACGUAGUGUUAUAAACUCAUCCUAAUGGAAGUAAUAUAUAGGAAGGAGCUUGUUCCCACGUCAAUUCGAACACGCAUUUCUUCGCCUCCGCACAGUGCACUGGGGACAAUUUUGAAAUUGCAAAACCCUCCAAAGAAUUAUGCUUCCCAAAUGAAACUGCUGUAAUCUCCUCAAUCAGAAAGGCUGUAGACAACAUCCAGGCGAAAAGUGUAUUUGUUUUCAGUGAUAGAGACCAUAUGAUUGGCCCUUUAUAUCGGGAAUUUGGCAUGGUAGGCAAUUGCAAUAUAAGAUUAGCCAAUUUUUAGAAUGUGUCUGUAAGAAAGCUCCCUGAACCAGAUCAAUUCAUCAGUUUGGCCAUUGCGGGCCUUUCUGAUCAUUUUGUCGCCAACUGCAUGUCUACAUUUUCGGCUGUUACAGUAAGACAACGCAAAUAUCAUAACGAAAAGUAUACUUCCACUUCGUUCUUGGGAUUGGAGAUCGACGAAAAGGGAGACAUCCAAAAGAAACCUACUCACGAAGAACUCUAG